AUGGAGAAAGAGAACUAUCCACUUCCUGAUGAAGCAUUGUCAAAACCGCGUUUUUCUGGAAUAUUUGGCUAUCACAUGACCACAGCAUCGGAUCGUGCUGUAGUAUUGACAACAAACGAGCGGGAUGCUCUUGCGAUCUACGAAGCAACUGACGGAGCUCUGGCGUUCUCGCUUACGCAUGGAGAACGUAUUGAUGCAACUGUGUUCCCAUAUUUAGAAGAAUUCGAACAAAUUUUCUUGUGGUUCCCUUCCCGACAUUUGGAGUUCGCAAAGGAGUGGGGAUAUGCAUUGAAUGGCUCCCGAUGUUAUCUUAUAAGAAAUAUCGAGAGACCAAUCGAAUUGGUGCGUAACGGAAAACACAAGGAAGUGAAGCUCAUUCUUAGCCGAGAGGCGGUACGUCUCCGUGAGAAGGGUUUUCGUUCAAUGACUGAUAUACGUGAAGAAGUGAAGGCGGACUUGAUCAACUCAAGCACACGCCAGCUAGGAUUUGCGCAGUGGAAACGCUUUUCACCUCUAAAUAAAUAUCUCUUGGGACUUCGUCCAGGCGAGCUGACUGUGAUCACGGGUGGCACUGGAUUCGGAAAAACUACAUUCUUGUGCGAGUAUGCGCUCGAUCUAUUCACUCAAGGAGUGCGAACACUUUUCUGCAGUUUUGAAAUGCCAGAAGAAAAGAUCUUGAAAUGGAUGCUUGUUCAAUACGCUGGUCCCUCACACCUUCGAAGUCUGGCGCGCACCCUCACGUAUAGAAACGGAAUCAAAGUACCAUUAUAUCGUGUCGAAUACAGCAGCGCCAUCGACAUGUGGUUGGACAAGUUCGAGCGCACUAAGGGACCAUUGACGAUAAUGAAAGCGGACGAAUUCAGGGAAAAAAGCAUCAACCAAAUUGCUUCGGCAAUCCGCAAUCAAGUAAUAAAUACUGCGUGUCAGCACGUUGUUAUCGACAAUCUUCAAUUCUUGGUGAAUCAGUCGACAAUGAGUGAUGAUCAGUCGAGUAGCCUGGAUCGUUUUCACAUG